AUGGCCUUUACCUUGCUUGCUGCCGUCGGCGCCACCGUCGCAGUAGCCAUCUACACAAUCCUCUCGGGUUUGCGGAAAAACAUCGCCAAGGCACGGAAGACGGGCCUUGUCUAUCUCGUUGUCCCUAUUUCCCCCAUCAACAUUGCGUGGCAGCUCACCUUUUGGCUAUGGGUCCCCCUUAUCAAACUACUUCCGAGGUCGCUAUGGAAAAAAUGGUUAUUCGUCAUGAUCCCCGAAUGGGCCUACAGCACGGGGCAGACACACUUUGACCGCCUGAGAACCGAGAGCUUUAUCGUGGUAUCCCCAACCAACCUCAUCAUGUACACCCAGAGCGCCGAGGUGAUCCACCACAUCACGCAGCGCCGCGAGGCCUUCCCAAAGGAUAUUGCCAAGUACGACAUUCUCGACAUGUUUGGCAAGAAUGUUCUCACCACCGAAGGAGCCCUCUGGCGCAUCCACCGCAAGGUCACUAGCGCCAGCUUCAAUGAAAAGAACGCGGCCCACACCUUCGCCGAGGCCAUCAACCAGACGAGGGGCAUGCUCGACAUGUGGUUUGGCGACCCAGACGGCGAGAGGACCGGCACGACAAAGACCAUCAGGUCGCUCGAGCACGACACCAUGACAUGGGCCCUCAACAUCAUCGGCUACGUGGGAUUCGGCUUGCGCUUGCUCUGGCCUGGCCAGACGCUACCCAAGGACAUCGACCCCAAGCUGGCCAAGUAUGGCAGCUUGGACGCGCCGUUGGGGCAUUCCUUGACCUUUGCUGACUCGGUGGCGCUCACCCUGGAACGGAUCGUCGCCAUUAUGGUGUUCCCCGAGGUUCUACUCCGAAUUCUCCCCUUCAAGUUCGCCAAGGAAGCCUACACAGCCAAGCGCAACUAUGUCCAAUACAUGAACGAGUUCCUCAACGACAAGAUUGAAGAAACCCAGAGCGGCCAGUUGCGUACAGAAGGCAUGGACAUCAUGGGCCAGCUGGUGCAGUCCAAAUACAACAGCUCCGCCAAGGACAACAACAGCGAGCUCGCCGACUCGGACAUCGUCGGCAACGCCUUCAUCAUGAUCGUCGCGGGCCACGAGACGACGGCCAACACGCUGCACUUUGCGCUCGUGGAGCUCGCCAACAACCCGGCGACGCAGCGCCGCCUCCAGCGCGACGUCGACGCCCUUUUUGGCGGCUCGGACCCAUCCACUUGGGACUAUGAGAAAGUCAUCAACCCGCUCCUGGCCAGCCACGUCGGCGCCACCGUCAACGAGACGCUGCGCCUCAUGCCGCCCGUCACGGGCAUCCCCAAGGUUGUUAUACCGGACGCCGACCAGCCCGUCACGAUUGACGGUCAGACGCAUGUCCUCCCCGCGGGGCUGGCCAUUACCUUGCUGGCAGUGUGCGUGCACCGCAACCCGCGCUGGUGGCCGACCCGGCCGAGCGAGACGUCCGGGAAGGGGAACGACAUGGACGAUUUCUUGCCCGAGAGAUGGUACCGCAGCCGGGAUGUGAAGUUGGGUCAAAAGGAGGAGGCGACGGCAGCGGUGGUGGUGGAGGAUAAGGCCGACUACGGCGGGUUCCAGGGCAGUGAUGUGUCGGCGUCGCUGUACCGGCCCGUGCGGGGCAGCUAUCUGCCCUUUAGCGACGGGCCGCGGUCGUGUUUGGGGAGGCGGAUUGCUAUGGUCGAAAUGGGGGCCGUGCUGGCUGUGAUUUUUCAGAGGUAUAGUAUUGAGUUGGCGGUGGACGAGUGGGCGAGCGAUGAGCAGGUGGAGACGAUGGGACCGGAGGAGAAGCGGAGGUUGUAUCGGCGGGCGCAGGAGAAGAGUAGGGAGACGAUUCGGCAGGCGGAUUCGGUCUUGACGCUGAAGUUGCAUGGGGGGAGGUAUGUGCCGGUGAGUUACGAGAGCUACCGAAAGACCGACCUGGAGCUCGCCAUUGACGAGCACCUCUCGGAGCAAGCCUCGCGAUACCAGCUGGACUCCCGGUUCCAAGACUACUUCAAGAGCCGCGCCCGCGCCGGCGGCUCGCCCGUCAAGAAGGAGGGUCUGGCUACCCUUGACUUGAAGCCAGCCCGCCGUCGGGCAGCCAGAGUCGUCGAGGAGAUUGCCGCCGCCGUCGAACCCGACGAAGAAGAAGACGACGAAGACGAGUCGACCUCCCUUACAACCCAAACCGCCCACGCGGCGCAAGCCGCCUCGGACGCGCUGGCGCGCACACCCGGCCGGGCCAUGGCGCUGGCGAGCCGUCUGCAGCUGCCGGCGACGCCGGCCGAGGUGGCGCAGGCGGUUGACCGCAGCGCGCUGGCCGUGCGCACGCGCGUCGCCUCGCUGUACCGCGACUCCGGGUUCGGCGAGGCCACCCAGCAGACGCGCGCCUGGCUGUCGACGGUGCACUCGGUCGUGUCGGCCAUUGCGCUGUUCGAGCUGUACCGCUUGCGCCAGGAGGUGCUGCCCGACCGGUACGCGUUCACGGUCCCCGCCGUGCGCGCGCUGGGCACGCCCGACUAUCCCGUCUAUUUGCCCGACAUGUUCGCGCUCGUAACGGCCGGGUUCUGGGGGCCGACGCUCACCUGGGCUCUGACGAGCGUGUUGCUGCCGAGUUUGGCCGGGUAUUUCUUUAAUCUCAGCUUGGGCGCGGCGCAGGCGCAGUCGGUCGGGGUGUCGGCGUCGGGUGGGCGCGUCGUCAGGCGGGGCGGCCCGGUCGCGUAUGUCGUUGAUCCCGUCAUGUUCAGCAUCGUCAAGGCUGUUGUCACCUACGUCGUGUAUGCCCAGGGCGUCACCUUCUGGGGUCUAAUUAGCCUGGAGUCGGUCAGCCGCAUCAACUCGGCGCUGUACAGCGGCUGGAGGGGUGUGCUGGUGGGCACGGCCGUGUCGGGGCUGACGGCUGUGUAUGAUGCUGUGUUGAGGAAGUAA